CAUUUGAUCUGUGUUCUUUGAGUUCUCACAUUACACAAUACCUUUCUCUCUCUCUCUCUUUGGUUCUCAGAUGGAUCAGAUGGAGGGGACUGACAGUCCUCGCUUCAGGAAGCUCCAUUUCCCUGUGGGUCUGUGGAUCAACUCUCCCAGGAAACACUUUGCCAAGCUGGGGGGCCGCUGGCCCAGCGCCGUCUCUGUCAAGUCCACCACCAGCUCUGAUGCAGCGUCCCUCCACGAGGCCCCCUCUGCCCCUUCCUCGUCCCUCUCCAUCUCCACCCCCUCCCUCGCUCCCCCAUCCCCCUCYCCCUCUCCGGCCUUCCUCCGGCCCCGUCCAGCCGGGCCCCAGUCCCGCACCAAGCGUCUUUCCCACCUCUUCCUGAGGGGGCGCUCCAACAGUGAUCGAGACAAGGCCAUAGGAGAGAAGGAGAGGGAGGUGUGGGCCCACUCUGCUGCCCCUUCCUCCCACCACUACCUGCCCCCUGCCUCCUCCACAGCCCCAGGCCUCAUCAAGAUCUAUGGGGAUGCUCUGUCUAGUGGGGCUAACUACCGCUCUUUACUGGCCACCUCCCACUCUACAGCCAAACAGCUCAUCGCCCAGGUCAUCACCCGCUAUACGGAGAGAGAGAGGGAGGAGACGGRCGAUGCAGCCCURCAGAAACACAGCCCGGAAGACUUCCUGUUGUGUGAUGUCAUUGGAAAGCCCAUCCAGCAACCRGAUGGAGCCGUCCAAUGGGAGACAGAGUGUCGUAGGGGCGUGGCAGAAUGGGAAUGCCCRCUGCUAUUGGUGGACAUGUGGCGGCCCAAGGAUGGGUUUGAACGCCGCUUUGAGAUCCAGAGACGGGACGACUACGAAAAAGAGGAGAGGGAGAAAGAGAAGGAGCGAGAGAGGGAAGGAGAGAACCACACAGGUGUACGUUGGAGGCGGAGCCGCAUACAGUCGGGGGGCGGGGCUGAGGARGGCGAGCGAGGUCAUCGAGGACGGAACUCGGAMCUCAGGAGGAGCAUCAGCGACAUGAACCUCAGCCUGAGGCGUCGCCAAGGAAACCAYGUYGGCAAUGACCCCCGUCGCUCCGGAAACCACCCUAACAACAGUGCAGGACUCCAGGACAGGAAGAACAUUGUGAGCAUGAUAGCUCCAUUGGAGCACGGAGAGAUGAUGAGGUCAAAGGUCAGAGACGAGGUGGAGCGGAGGAACAAAGCAGACAAGGCAGUAGAGGAGGAGAAAGACUACUCAGCCUGCGACCUGGAAGUGAUGUCACAGAGCCUGAUCCUCCCGCCCACGGACCGACCCUACUUCCUGUUGCUGCAGGGCUACGACCAGAGCAAGGACUUUGUUUUGUACAUCAUGGCAGGGCACACACACGUGUUUGGGCGGAAGCCAACGAUGAGGGAGAGAGAGAAGGACAGAGAAAGGGAGAGGAAGGGGAAGAGGCCUCUGAAGGUGGAAACGUUCCUCUCUGCUCCAGACAUGCUGGCCAGGCACCUGUUGGUCAGGAGAGACUCAGCCGUACCCGACGCUCCCUCUGGGCAAGCUCUGAUGCGUCCCUUCAGAGGAGGAGUUGUCACACACAACGGAGAAGCUCUCUACCGGGAGGCGGUGCUUAAACCUGGGGACGUGAUUGGCAUAGGAGGUCAUUUUCUCUUCCUGUAUCGUGACCCCCGCGUGACCCCGGCCCCUCCGCUGGUAUUGGUGCUGCCUUGGCAAGCCGACGUUCCCUCCACCUGCUGCCUCUCGGGAUUGGUGGACAGACAGGAAGCGUUGAGGCAGUACCUGGGGUCCACUGAGGCUCUGCUGCGGUUCCAGCCCCGCCACACUGACGCUCUACUACAGGAGAUAAUCUCUAAGAACUCCUCUCCAGACUCAGAGGGCGGGCCUUUAGCCCCAGCCUUUCUCCUGUCAAUCAUGAUUGACCACGCCUCCAAACACCUGGAUCCCGYCCUCACRCCUMAGUUGCUGCUGAAAGCAGCCAAUCAGAUCAAAGGGAUYGUUUGGGAUAACAUUAAGGAAUUCGGGGAUAAGCAUCCCACGCAAAAUUCCACAGAGCAGGAGGUUGAACUGAGUGCGCCCAGUGCACAGAAGCUGUCCUCUGACCUUCGACCUCUGAUGUUCUGGAUGUCCAAUGCCACAGAGCUCCUCAACUUCUUCCAGGUCAAAGCUGAGGCCAUGGAGAGAGACUGGGAGUUUGAGGCUCCUGGUGACCCAGUGUUGUCAGCUGACCUGGACACCUGCUCCGAGGCCCUGGCGCAGCUUGAUGACGUGAUAAUGCACACCUUCCAACAGUGCGUGUACCACCUCACAAAGACGCUGUACUCCCUCCUCCCAGCUCUCCUGGACAACAACCCUUUCUCCAGCCUGGAGAAAGAGAAGGAGAGAGAUGAGGCAAGGGAGAUGGAUGGGGGUGAGGGUGGUGGAGGGGAGGGAGAGGGGGAUGACGUGUCCUCCCUCCCCCCUACGGUGGCUGGGCUGGUGGAGGUGUACCGCUGCUCCCUGAUGCUGUCCCGGGAGGCCUGCCUCUCCCCCCCACUCACCUCCCAAACCUUCGGCUACCUCUUCUUCUUCACCAACACCUCCCUGCUCAACACACUGCUGGAGAGAGAUGGUCUGUUCUCCUGGUCUAGAGCGGUCCAGAUCCGUACAAACCUGGACCUGGUUCUGGACUGGCUGCAGGGCGCGGGACUUGGAGAUAUCGCCUCUGAGUUCCUGAAGAAGCUGUCCGUCACAGUCAAUUUCCUGUGCGUCCCUAAGACCCGCCUCAUCCAGUCAUCCUGGGCCAGCCUACAGGAGGACCACGCCUUGCUAAGCCCCACCCAGCUGUACCAUCUGCUGACCCAUUACAAGCUGGGACCGGCCAGAGCCCCACCGGCCUCCUGGGCCCCUCCCCCUGGGACGGAGCUCAGUGGUGACAUCUUCGAAAGUUUCCUGGACCACCCCCCUCUCAUCCUGCCAAAUGAGACACCUCAGCUGGACCUCUCCCAGCCAAUCCCCAGCCCCGAGCUACAAAAGGAAGUGACACGCCUGCGCAACUUCCUGUGGGGACUCGACCAAGAUGAGCUGCCAGCCAAUCAGAGGACCAGGCUGUGAGCGCUGGAAAGUUAAUCUCUGGGUAGAAGCUACCCUUAGGCACAGUUCUAGGAUCCGUUCACCAUCCGCUUUAACCAUGAAGGGGGAAAGACACAAAACUGACCCUUGAUCAGCAUCUAGGGGCAACCUCAUCCAUCUCAGGCAACUUUGAUAUUAACACUAUAUUGAACCCUCUAUCGUAAGGCAGAUGCAAUGGAUAGGAAUGGCAACUGGUGUGAGGAAUGGCAACUGGUGUGAGGAAUGGCAACUGUCAAAAGAAAGUCAUAACACAAUGUAAUAGUUAUCUAACCGUAAGACA